AUGGAGGACCCUCACGCCAAAGACGUCAAUGAGGUGCUCUCGUUCUUCUCUGUAGAUGCAGCCUCAGGUCUCUCCAGCGCCCAAGUCCUGCAGGCACGCAGUAUCUAUGGCAGGAACGAGCUGGCUCCAGACAAGGGUGAGGUCCCCCGCACACCCUUCUGGAAGCUUGUACUCAAGCAGUUCGACGAUCUCCUGGUCAAGAUCCUCAUAGUUGCGGCAAUCGUGGACUUCCUGAUUGCUCUCGCGAGUGGUGAGAGUGGGCUCAGUGCCUUCAUUGAGCCCCUGGUCAUCAUUGCCAUCCUUGUUGCCAACGCGACCGUUGGAGUCAUCACGGAGACCAAUGCAGAGAAGGCAAUAGAGGAGUUGAAGGCCUAUGAGGCGGAUGUUGCAACGGCGCUGAGAGAUGGCCGGCUGACUGUUAUUCCUGCAGUGGAGCUCGUGCCAGGAGAUGUGGUGGAAAUUGCCGUUGGGGCGAAGGUGCCAGCUGAUCUGCGGCUCAUACAGAGGUUCAGCAGCACCUUCAGAGUGGACCAGUCGAUACUAACGGGUGAGAGCGGCAGCGUGGAGAAGUACCUGGAGGCUGUGAGGGACAGGAAGGCCGUCUACCAGGACAAGACCAACCUGCUGUUCUCUGGGACGGUGGUGACUGCUGGGAGGGCAAGGGCUGUAGUGGUGGGAUCGGGGCAAAACACAGCCAUCGGCAAGAUUAGGCGCGCGCCUCUCUUUACUCAUCCUACUCUCCUGAGCCAUGCUUCCCAGAGCGGUCUCACAGAUGUGGACGCUAUGGCGGAGUCCGUGGAUGAGAUGACACCGCUCAAAAAGAAGCUGGAUGAGUUUGGCUCCUUCCUGUCAAAGGUGAUAGCAGUGAUCUGCGUGCUGGUGUGGGUCAUCAACAUCCCGCGGUUUGGAGACCCCGUGCACGGCAACCUGAUGGAGGGGGCGAUAUAUUACUUCAAGAUCGCGGUGGCGCUGGCCGUGGCGGCCAUCCCCGAGGGCCUGCCAGCUGUCGUCACCACCUGCCUCGCCCUGGGGACGCGCAAAAUGGCCAAGCGCAACGCCAUCGUCCGCAGCCUGCCCUCGGUGGAGACUCUGGGGUGCACGACGGUGAUAUGCAGCGACAAGACGGGCACGCUCACCACCAACCAGAUGAGCGUUGCCCGCCUGGCAGUAGUCCAGUCAGCCAACGGCCACCUCACCGAAUUCCGGGUCACAGGGGGCACGUAUGCGCCGGAGGGGAGCGUGUUGGAUGCACAGGGGGGGCCUGUUGAGACCCCCGCUGACGAGGCCAGCGUGCUGGAGACCGCAGCAUGCUGUGCGCUCUGCAAUGACUCAGCGCUCACCUACGACACAGAUGCGGGGGUGUAUGCGAGGGUGGGCGAGGCGACAGAGGUGGCGCUGCGAGUGCUGGCGGAGAAGGUGGGCCUGGCCGGCUACGCCAACAUGCCGGGGGCCCUAGCGCACCUGUCCCGCCGCGAGCGCGCCACCUUCUGCAACGACUACUGGCAGCACGAGUACCACCGGAUAAGUGCGCUGGAGUUCAGCCGGGAUCGCAAGAUGAUGAGCGUGCGCUGCAGGCGAGCCGGCAAAGAUACCCUCUUCGUCAAAGGCGCCCCCGAAGCCAUCUUUGCCCGCUGCACCCACGUGCUGCUGAAUGAUGGCAGCGGGAGCGUGCAGAUGACGUCAGCGAUGAGGCGGGCGCUGACAGAGCGGGUGACUGCAUACGGCUCGCACCACACGCUGCGCUGCCUCGCCCUUGCACGCAGAUCCAUCGCGGCCAGCAAUGAGCAGGUGACGGAGGAUGAUGAGGUGGGGCUGAUGCUGCUGGGGUUGGUGGGAAUGCACGACCCGCCGCGGCCGGAGGCGGCCGCCGCGGUGGCGACUUGCCGGGCGGCCGGCAUCCGCGUCAUAAUAGUCACCGGCGACAACAAGGCCACCGCCGAAGCCGUCUGCCGACACGUGACGGCGCUGGACGAGGGUGCAGCGGGGAUAUCUGGCGUGCUGAGCCUGACGGGCGCGGAGUUCAGCGAGAUGUCCCCGGCCGCGCAGGCGGACGCAGUUGCGCGCCUCAACGUCUUCUCCCGCGUCGAGCCAUCUCAUAAGAGCCUCCUCGUCGACCGCCUCAGGCAGCAGGGGCACGUGGUGGCGAUGACGGGGGACGGGGUGAAUGAUGCGCCGGCGUUGAAGCGCGCUGACAUCGGCAUCGCCAUGGGCUCAGGCACCGCCGUGGCCAAGCACGCCGCAGACAUGGUCCUUGCAGACGACAACUUUGCCACCAUCGUGGUGGCCGUGAGCGAGGGGCGCGCGAUAUACGCCAACACAAAGCAGUUCAUCCGCUAUAUGGUCUCCUCCAACAUCGGCGAAGUGGUUGCCAUCUUCUCUGCCGCCCUCAUCGGUCUUCCGGAGGUGCUGAAUCCGGUGCAGCUGCUGUGGGUCAACCUGGUGACUGACGGCCUGCCGGCCACGGCGCUCGGCUUUAACCCCCCGGACAAAGACAUCAUGACCAGCCGCCCGCGCAGGACGGAGGAUGGGAUAGUGAACCGGUGGCUGUUUGUGCGCUACAUGGUCAUCGGCCUCUAUGUUGGCGCUGCCACCUGCGGCGGAUUCGCCUGGUGGUUCCUCUAUUCCCCGGGCGGCCCCGGCCUGAGCUGGAGAGAUGUGACGGGGUCUCGGCAUUGCGACAGCGAGGCGGCUUGCGCGGUGUUCAAGGACCGGCACCCGUCCACGGUGGCCAUGACCGUCCUGGUGGUCGUGGAAAUGUUCAACGCGCUCAACGCCCUCUCAGAAAACAACUCGCUGCUCCAGCUGCCGCCCUGGAGGAAUCUGUGGCUGCUGGGCGCGAUAGCGCUGUCGAUGGCGCUGCACUGCUUCAUCCUCUACGUGCCUCCGGCCGCCCUCAUCUUUUCGGUCACGCCCCUCUCCGCCGCCGAAUGGGUCGCCGUCGUAUGGCUCUCAUUCCCGGUCAUCCUCGUGGACGAGUUCCUCAAAUACCUCACCAGGAACUGCAUGGUGGCGGGCCGCGCGGGGCGGCUGCCGCGGGCACUGAGCUCGGUGUGGGAACGCGCAGCACGGAUGCUGCCGCGGCGGCUGCGCACAGGCUCAGCCUUGGAGCUGCCGCAGCACCACUCAGGUAGCGCCCCCGCGCACACCACCUCCUCUGCCCUCACCGCCCGGCUCCUGCGUGCGGCCGGAGGCGGCCGGCCGGCCGCCGACUGA